AUGAAUCUCCUGGGAAAGGCAAAGAGAUCUGCACAGAAAACAAAACUACGCGGAGACAUCGUGGUACUUGAGCGCAAAGCAAACGGCCGGAAAAAAGCGUUUGGAAUUGAGUUCUAUGAUCUCAUCACCAAUGACAAGAACAAGUUGCUGGGAGUUUCUGCUGGGACAAUUUUUAAAGGCCACCGAGAAGAGCUGAAAGAGCCGUUUGAAAGAGCGCGUGAUGAUAUGGCCGGGAAGCAGGCUCAGAAGGAUGUUCAUCAAAAGGACUUGGACGUAAUGGAAGUCAAAGGAGCACACACGCUUCCGAGUGACACAAUGGGCGAGAAGGUCAACAAGGCCGGCGCUGUCAUGUCCAAUGCCGCUAAUGCCACAAAGUUGGGUGGCAAAAUGGCAUUGCUGGAUAGAGAAAUGAAGAUUCGUAAGGAGCAGUUUGGUCUCGAAGUCUUUGAAUACUUUAAUGCACCACAAGACGGGAAGAGGACGAGCAUGAAGAAGAGACUCUCUGAAAAGCUUUCAGGAGUGACUCAACAUGAGCAGGAUAUUCAAGCUUGUAUCGAUGCAGCGAAAAGAGAUGUGGGAGAAAUUGAGGACCAGAUAAAAUCAAAACGUACACAGAUGGGUUUCUUGGACGAAGAGAGUCAGCCACUGAUGUAG